CAGUGCCCAUGGCUGGACAGUCAGAGAGGGCUAAUUUUGGUGGUGGUGAUCAGGUUGCCUCUCGGGGCAUAUGAUCCUGUCCCAGUUACUUGCAUGAUGUCCCUUCUGGAAGUGUCACACAGUUCUAGAGAGAGCUAGCAGACUGAACAACCUACUUGCUAAUAGCCGUAACUUUCCAACUUAACUUUCUACUUGGGACCUAAUUGUUGCCUUUUGUUUUUAUUAGAUAUUGCGGCUGUUUUUCUUUCAUAUCUUUUUGUGUCAGUUGUUGCGGGGACCGACACAGUCCCACCAUGUUCCUUGCGCUGGUGGUGACACCAGAAUUGAGGGAGUUCCUGGCCCGGGCCAGAGGGGGAGCAGUGCGCCUCAUCAAAGUCUGCAUCAAGGACGAGCAGCUUGUCCUUGGAGCUUACAGAGAGCCGGAGCAAAGCUGGGACCAGGACUAUGACCACUUCCUGCUUCCUCUCCUUGACGACCAAGAGCCCAGCUACUUCUUAUAUCGCCUCGACUCCCAAAAUGCACUGGGCUAUGAGUGGGUCUUCAUCUCCUGGUCCCCGGAUCAAUCUCCAGUCAAACAGAAGAUGCUGUACGCUGCCACUCGUGCCACCGUCAAGAAGGAGUUUGGAGGAGGCCACGUGAAAUACGAAAUUUUUGGAACAGCCGAGGAUGAUGUGUGCUUGCUCGGAUACCAGCACCAUGUGAUGUCCUGCUCUGGCCCCGCCCCUCUCACUGUGGCCGAACAGGAACUGCAGAGGAUCAAAAUCACAGAGGGCAAAGUUAAACAGGUGAAAGCAGAGAUCAGCAUGGACAUAAAGCAAACACUUCAGGGAUUGGCUUUCCCACUGCAAGAGUCUGCAAAGAGAGCCCUGCACCUUCUGUCACAAAAACGUAUUAAUUAUACACGGUUGGACAUAGAAAAGGAGACAAUUGAACUGGUGCACUCAAAUCCAACAGAAAUACGAGACCUGCCCCGAAGAGUUCCCAAAGACACUCCCAGAUAUCACUUCUUCCUUUACAAACACUGUCAUGAAGGAGACCAACUUGACUCCAUUGUGUUUAUUUACUCAAUGCCUGGGUACAGUUGCAGCAUCAAAGAGCGCAUGCUGUAUUCAAGCUGCAAAAGCCGGCUACUGGAAGAUGUGGAGAAAGAGUAUCAUUUGGAAAUAGCAAGAAAG